GAAUACCCACCACAUUGAAAAGAGACAGAGACACACUUCUUGCUACUCCAGAAUCCUUCGAACCCUUCCUCAUCCUCUUAAUAAUAAGCACGGCACUGAUAGAUCCUGCCAGAACCACAGACGCCCAGAACAUCACAGUAUACCCAAACACUCCAAACAACCCACCCCCUCACAAAAGGAAGAAAAUUGUACAAGAUGCAACUCGGUUCAACUCCACUACUACUCCCCCACCUCUUGAUUCACAAAAUUCUAAUAAA